AUGGACAGAAAAAGUAACUAUGUGUUUAGAAGUGUUGUGUGUUAUUUUUGUAAUGAACAGUUUCCAGAAGAACAAUUACAGGAUCACGUAAAGCAAUGCAGCCUGGUGUUGGAGCCAUGCGAGCGCGGUUGCGCCGCCUGGCUCCAACGACGACACCUGGAGCUGCACGCGGCGGAAUGUCCAAGGAAAAAGAAAAAUUCUACCUCUUCCCUACAACAGAACACACACAUAUCUGGACCAUCUGGAGAUGACGAUUAUACCGAAUAUGCCCCUACCUUGGUCUUAUUACAACAAUCUGUUUCUUCAUUAAGAUCGGCCUUCAAUGAAGAGCUAAGACAACGAUUGAAAAUGAUAACAGAUCUGGGUCAACUCCAAAAACGGUUCCAACAAUCCGAAAGUUGGAGUACUGACGUUCAAGGAGUUUUAGAUACUUUAAGAAGGAGUCUGGACAGGAUCGUCCAUGAUAAUGAAUCAGCCAGAGUACACAAUCACACAAAUGUCGAAAAAAUUGCCAUGAGAUGCCAGUUAUUCGAAGAGUGGAAAAUGGAAGUUGAUAUGAGAUUAGAUGGAUUAAGAAAUAUGAUACUAGAUGAAGAAAACCAAAGAAACCAAGUCGAGGUCGUAUUAAACGGACAGGAUAAAAAACUUCGCAGAGUAAAUGAGUUAGCAGAACAAGACAUGGAUCUCAUACGACAAUCAGUAAUACAAUUACAAAAAGAUGCCCAAAAAACGAGACGAGAAGUGGCUUCCAACUUUUAUGAAGAUCAUACGAAAACGGCAGACGAGUUGGACAAACAAAAAGCUCGAAUAGCUUCUUUUUUAUACGAAUUGAAAUCUAUGAAAAGCACAGUUCAAGAUAAUACAGAUAUUUUGGAUAAAUUAAGUCGGCAAUUGGUUAAACAAGAGAGAUUGGUGGCGCAAUUGUCACAACAGAUAAAAGAUGCAGAAGAUGCAAGGGCCUUCCAUAAGGCUUUGAGUGAACCGGUUAAUGGAACGGGGCACAUGGUAUGGAGAAUUGAGAAUUACAAAGAAAAGUUAACAGAUGCAAAAGCUAAUAAAACAAUAUUGAGCAGUCCUACAUUUUGCAGUACAAAAUUUGGAUAUGUUCUAAGAAUGGAGUUACACAUUAACGGUAACGGCAAAUGGCGAGGAAGACACAUGACAUGCGGCUUACAAGUCUUACCUGGCCCUUGGGAUUCGAUACUACCUUGGCCUUGCGUUCUACCGGUUGAAGUCACUUUACGAAAUCAAUCAAAAAAUCCUGAGGUGAAAAAUGUAACAAAAACGUUGAUGGCGAAGAGAUCAGAACCUUCAAACACUACAGAAGCAGCUAAUCAACUAGUUUUCUUUCCGCACGAAAUGGUAAAACAAGAAGGCUAUGUGGUGAACGAUGUAAUGUUUCUAGAAGUUCGAGUUAGGAAACAAAAACGAGAUUUGAAAUAGCAAUUUGUUGUCAAUCGUUAUUUUUCAUUAGUCUCUCUUAUCCGAUAUAAAUAUAAACUUGC